CCGUCCACCCUGGCCGCCUGUCUGCCUCCUCGCUUUGUGCAUCGCUCCGUCCGCCCCCUGCGCGCGUUCAUCGGCCGUCGUCCGUCCGAGAGGCGUCCAUCCCUUCGAGCCCCUCCGCUCCCAGGCGCCCCGCGCUCGAUUCCGCGCGGCCAUGCGGCCAUCGGGCGCGCUUCAGGCGCCGUUGGUGCUGCUCGUUCUUGUCGCCCUGUUACGCGACUGCCUUGGCAAGGCGUGCCACGGCUGUUCCUCAGGGUCGUCAUGUGACUGCAGUGGAGCGAAGGGAGACAAGGGUGCAUCAGGCCUCCCAGGCCUGCAGGGACCUCAGGGACUUCCAGGAUUUUCAGGGCCCGAGGGCUCACCUGGGCCAGAGGGCAGCAAGGGCGACCAGGGAGACAUGGGCCACGCUGGGCCCAAGGGCUUCAGGGGGACACCAGGAACCCCAGGGUUUCCAGGGACGCCAGGCAUGCCGGGCCUCAAUGGACAAGACGGCCCCAUGGGGCCUCCCGGGAUCCCAGGAUGCAAUGGGACCAAGGGAGACGUUGGGCUGCCUGGUAACGACGGAGUGCCUGGGUUAAUGGGACCUCGGGGAAUUCCUGGAUUGCCUGGAUUAAAGGGUGACCCCGGAGAUUUUCUGCCUGCGUUCCCAGGACAAAAGGGUGACUCAGGCCUCCCAGGCCUCCCAGGAAACGCCGGCUAUCCUGGAGGUGCAGGGCUGCCAGGCCCCAUCGGGCCCCCAGGCCCUCCCGGAUUUCCAGGACCGUCAGGCCAGCCUGGGCCUCCAGGACCCAAGGGACACAUGGGACUCAACUUCCAAGGCCCCAAAGGAGAUAAGGGGGAGUCAGGGCUGCAGGGUCCGCCAGGGCCUCCCGGCCACAUCCGUGAGCAGCAGGGCAUCGUCGACAUCACCGACGGCUUCCAGAAGGGGCAGACGGGUGACGUGGGCGAGCCAGGCAAACCAGGCCUCGACGGUCAACCCGGGCCCCCGGGACGACCGGGCUUUGGUCAGAAGGGAGAGAAAGGUGACUUUGGAGAAGCUGGCAAGAGGGGGAAGCCAGGAAAGGAUGGGGAUUCAGGACUGCCAGGAAUCGAUGGAGAGCCUGGUAUCCCAGGGAUUCCCGGCAUUGACGGCCUGGAUGGCGAAAAGGGUCUGAAGGGAGAUGCUGGCAUCGCAGGGCCUCCGGGAAAAGUGGUCUCAGUCACCGGCAGCAGUGACGUCGCCACCGCCCAGAAAGGGGACAUCGGAUUCCCGGGACCCCCCGGGGACAAAGGGGAGCGCGGGUUUCCCGGUCCCCACGGUCUCCAGGGCACGCCUGGACCUCCGGGCCCAUCGUCCAAGGGCUCUCCAGGCAUCCCAGGCCAGCCCGGGACUAGAGGGGACAAAGGCCUUCCAGGAGACCCAGGCCCCAUCAUCCCUGGAGCCAGGGGAGCGGAUGGACAGCCAGGUCGCCCCGGCAAUCCGGGUAUCCCCGGACCACCCGGGCCUCCUGCUACGGUGCCCCUGGACUUUGGCAGCACUGGCAGAGGUAUCCCUGGGCCUCCGGGACAAGCGGGGCUUCCUGGCACUCCUGGCAUCGCCGGCACCAAAGGAGACAAGGGGGACACGUGCCGGUCGUGCGGUCAAGUGCCGGUGAGGACUUUGCCGGGCGUGCCGGGACCUCAAGGACCACCGGGGGCCCCCGGUCAGCCAGGGAUUCCGGGCGGCAGUGGGCCUAAGGGCGAUGGCGGCUUCCCUGGCUCUCCCGGCUUACAGGGACCUUCGGGCAGCCCAGGGGUGCCGGGCCGCCCUGGGGACUCCGGUGAGAAAGGGGAGCCGGGGGAGGCGUCCUCCCUCGAGGGGCUCGCCGGGGACAAGGGUGAGCCCGGCUCGUCGGGGGUGCCCGGGAGUCCGGGGGCCAGCGGCCUCCCAGGCCUCGACGGGCAGCCUGGAAGCCCAGGCCCAAAGGGGGACCCGGCACCGUUCGGAUUCAAGGGAGAGCAGGGCCCCCCGGGCGGCGCGGGGAUGCCGGGGACACCCGGAGAGCGCGGCCCCCCAGGAUCUCCAGGGUUCGGGCCCCCGGGGCUUCCAGGGCAGAAGGGAACCGACGGAAUUCCUGGGCGGGCCGGGAUGGAGGGACCGACCGGUGGCAAGGGGGAACCGGGCAGGACUCUGGGCCAGCCGGGAUUCCCCGGCUUACCGGGCUCUCCUGGGGACGUGGGGCCCUCUGGCUCCCCAGGCAUGCCGGGGAUCCCCGGCACCCCGGGACUGCAGGGGGAGCAGGGGGUGAAGGGCGACGCCGGCUUCCCCGGGUUCGGUAUGCCGGGGGCGACCGGGCAGAAAGGCGCGGUGGGCGUCCCGGGGCCUUCGGGAGGGUCGGGCGCGGCGGGCAGGCCGGGACAGGACGGCACCCCAGGGCAGCCGGGCCCAGCGGGACCCAAGGGGGAGUCGGGCGUCGGAGCGCCGGGUCUCCGGGGACCACCGGGGGUUCCGGGCCAGGGCGGGUUGCCGGGCGCGAAGGGGGAGCAGGGCUCCCCGGGGCUACCGGGGAUGCCGGGCCGGCCUGGCAUGGACGGCGUUCCCGGAAGCAGGGGGGAAGGGGGGUCUCCGGGCAUCCCCGGGCACCAGGGGCUUCCCGGCCUCAAGGGAUUUGGACAACCCGGAUCACCUGGUCUCCCCGGCCAACCUGGUCCGACCGGCAAGGAAGGUUCUCCUGGCAUUGCUGGGAGCAAGGGUGACCCGGGACCUCCGGGCCUCGACCUGACCGGGCCUCCCGGCGACAAGGGCAGCCCGGGCUUCCCUGGCGUGCCGGGCCAGAUGGGGCCGCCGGGUCCCAUGGGCAUCCCGGGGAAAGACGGGAUUCCUGGAUACUCGGGCGCCAAGGGGGAGAUGGGGGUCAUGGGAACUCCUGGGCCCCAAGGCCCCGUGGGGCAGCUGGGGGCUCCUGGCCUCGCUGGCCCCACAGGCAACGCGGGUCAGCCCGGGCCGUCGGGCGACGAGGGACAAGGAGGCACCAAAGGAGACAAGGGGGAGCGAGGACUUCCUGGGAGCCCCAUGACCAUUGCCGACAUGCAGCUGCUGCAGGGCCCGAAGGGCGAGAAGGGACAGGAGGGGAAUUCGGGUCAGGCCGGGCAGAAGGGAUCACCGGGACCUCCGGGUUUGCCGGGGAACCCCGGCGCCGAGGGCCUCCGCGGCACAGACGGGAGCGCAGGGCCCAAGGGGAACCCGGGUUCUGACGGUUUCUCAGGGCAGCCAGGCACACCUGGCCAGAAGGGCUCCAUGGGAGAGAUGGGCCUCCCAGGACCCAGUGGGGGCGUGGGGAACCCUGGUCCCCCUGGGAAGCCAGGUUUGCCUGGCAGCCAGGGGCAGUUGGGACUCAAGGGAGACAAGGGGAACUCCGGCGUGCCUGGGAUAGGAGCUCCAGGGCUGACCGGAGUUCAGGGAGAGUCGGGAAAGCCGGGUCAGCCAGGGCCUCCUGGACUCAAGGGGUCCACGGGCCUACCGGGGAUGCCUGGAGCUCCGGGGACAGAUGGCCCCAAAGGAGAUGCGGGCAUCAGUGGCCUCCCAGGAGACAGUGGCAGGGAGGGUCCCAAAGGACAGGUUGGGCUCUCAGGCAGCCCUGGUCAACCGGGCCCCCCUGGGCUUCCAGGUAUCGGAGGACAGCCGGGGUUUCCUGGUUCUCCUGGCGAGAAGGGCUCCAUCGGCAGAGACGGAAUCCCCGGCACCAUCGGCAGCAGAGGGGAUCCAGGGCCUCCUGGCCUCGGGACGCCUGGGCCACCCGGUUCACCUGGACACCCCGGCGAGAAGGGCGACCCCGGCAUUCCUGGCCACGUCGGCCCACCCGGGAUGCAGGGCCCCAAGGGCGUAGAGGGACAGAAGGGAUUCUCUGGGCCACCGGGCCAGCAGGGCCCUGCGGGCGCUCCGGGCCAGGUCACCGACGGUGCCAAGGGGAACACCGGGCCGGCCGGACUGCCUGGGCCUCCCGGCCCCGAGGGGGUGACUGGCUUCCCAGGGACGCCUGGAGUCGGGGGGCAGAAGGGCGAGCAAGGCAGCCCCGGCAGUUGGGGCUCCUCCGGGUUCCCGGGGCCCCCCGGCGAGUCGGGCCCCCCCGGCCAGCUGGGAGCCCAGGGGCGGCCCGGCCUGGACGGAACAAAGGGAGACCCGGGAAGCCAAGGGACUCCGGGAUUUCCAGGAGAGAAGGGCGUCCCGGGACAUCCUGGAACGCGUGGAAACCCCGGGGAGACGGGACCGGUCGGGCCCAUUGGUCCUCCCGGAAUCGCUGGAACACCUGGAGAGGUCACCGUCAUCAAGGGAGACCCGGGGCAGCCAGGAUCAGUUGGGUUCCAAGGUCCCAAGGGACCUCCUGGUCGUCAAGGAGACCCUGGCCCUAAAGGCUUCGUGGGCCCCGACGGGCCGCCUGGCCAGGACGGGUUCCCUGUCGACGGGAGCCAGGGGCCUAAAGGCAACAUGGGGACUUCAGGCGACCCGGGCGAGGUGGGUCGUCCCGGGCCGCAGGGCGUGGACGGGAUGCCCGGCUCGAGGGGCCAACCCGGCAAGGCCUCCAUGCCGCACGGCUUCCUGGUGACGAGGCACAGCCAGGCCAAAAGCGUGCCCAGCUGCCCCCAGGGCACCGAGAAGGUCUACGACGGAUACUCGCUGCUCUACGUGCAGGGCAACGAACGCGCGCACGGACAGGACCUGGGCACGUCGGGCAGCUGCCUGCGCCGAUUCAGCACGAUGCCCUUCGUCUUCUGCAACCUGAACAACGUGUGCAACUUCGCGUCGCGCAACGACUACUCCUACUGGCUGUCCACGCCCGAGCCCAUGCCCAUGAGCAUGGCCCCCAUCACGGGGCCCCACGUGGAGCCCUUCAUCAGCAGGUGCUCGGUGUGCGAGGCAUCGGCCAUGGUGAUCGCCGUGCACAGCCAGUCCGUCACGGUGCCACCGUGUCCCGAGGGAUGGGGUUCCCUGUGGUUCGGCUACUCCUUCAUGAUGCACACGAGCGCCGGGUCGGAGGGCUCGGGACAGGCGUUGGCCUCGCCGGGGUCGUGCCUGGAGGAGUUCCGCUCGACUCCCUUCAUCGAGUGCCACGGACGCGGCACCUGCAACUACUACGCCAACUCCUUUAGCUUCUGGCUCGCCACCAUCGAUGGCAGCAACAUGUUCCGGAAACCGCAGUCGGAGACCCUCAAGGCCGGCGACCUGCGGUCACGCAUCAGCCGCUGCCAGGUGUGCAUGCGACGCACGUAGCCAACGCGCGUGCGCGGCCGCCAAACCCACGUCGCCCACGACGUCGGCGCCACAGCUUCCGACGACGCCGCAGGUACCGCCCGCCAGCCCGCCAACCCGCCAGCCAGCCCGCCAGCCAGCCAGCCCGUCCGCCCGCCCCCCCGCCACCACUCCGGACUCCGCCCCGGUUCCACGACCAAGCGUCUCAUCAUCGCCAGCAGCAGCCUCGCAACCCCGACGCUGCGGCCGUCGAUGGUUCCUGCCGGCCCCAACGUCGGAUGGACGUCCUUGCCGGCUUCGGGGAACGGCCACCUCAACCCCUUUAAUCCAGCCCCACGGGUACCUGUGUGGCGUUCUCCAGCCCCCGUAGUGUACAGAGUCCAGACCAAAUAUUUUACUUGUUGGUUCUGCUUGAGUAUUACCAACGUCGAUUAAUGGCCACCGAAAGUAAAUUGCGCUCGAACCCAAAUUGCGCGCGUUAUUAUGCAAUCCACUUUAUUUUUUGUUACCAUGUGCAGAAACCGGUUCCCCUAAAAUAUUUGCCACCGUCUCUGGACUGCCACAGCCACGUUGCCUCAACCCUUUGUUGGGUUCUCACCAGCACCGUGGGUCAGCCCUGCGUCUCUUAACCAAGCACGCGGCUGGCUGGCCGUCUCAACAUUCUCCAGCCACACGCAAAGCUGGGUGUCCAAUCCUCAUCGGCGUCCAGAGACAGCCAUUACCCCCCUUCUCACUCCAGCUGGCUGCUCGUAUGUCUCCGAACGCCACCGUGAGCUGGUCCAGCCUCACCGGGUCCUAUGCCGCAGUCACUCCCACCACCGUCCCCCCCUCUCCACCACACGUUUCUCAGGCCUGGAGCGGUGAUCGUCAUCCUAUUGUCGCAGUCACAAACUCCAGGUGCCCGGCCGGCACUUGGAGGCAGACCGACAUUAUUUUUUUGUUUUUUAAGAGAGAAAGUGAAACAGUCGUACGUGACGUUAAAUGAAGUAAAAACAAAAGAGGUAUCCAAUACUGAACCACAAUGGUGCUUAUCGUUAUCGUGAUGUGUGUGCAUGCACACGCUAUAAUCUGUGUGUAUUUAUAUAUAAAUGAGUAGCGUAAACACGGUGCAUUCGGAAAGGAGCACGAGUGGUGAGUGGGCGGGCGGGGAGGCGAGUGAUGCAUUGUAGGGGUCGCUUCUUUUGACUGCGGACAGCAGCACAUGCCGGCCACGCAGGGCCCGGUCGGGAUCAUCCCAGACACAACAACGCAAACAUGCGGCUGGCCAAUCACACGCCGAGCCAUUUGACAUCGGCUGAGCAGAUUCAGGUGACGACGGGUGACCAUAUCGCACCGCAACAAAGUCGACGGUAUUCUAUCAAGAUAAUCAUCACGAGCGUGCCAAGGCUGUUUCUUUCGUGAGUUUAGCUUGUUGUCAUUCCCCCCGCACCAGCGAUUAGCACGGUUGGCUACAUACGGUGCAGAAGAAUCCAUAAUGCAGGUUUUUUUUUGGGUUAGAUCACGAUCUAAUAUCAUCCGUAAUACAAAAAUCCUGUAUCAUGGAUGAUAUUUAUCACGAAAGCCUCCACGUUAAACUGGUGCAGAAGAAGUUCAAUAUACAUGACGUGCGUACAAAAGCCCGUUAAACCUACUGCGUUCGAAAAACAGCGGUCAAAAAAGCACGAGGAUGAUUAUUCUCGGGAGCGAGACGCCUGUUGCGCUCAGAUGCCUGGCAAAACGCUCAUGAGGUUUGCGUUGGGCAGUGUUAGAGCUUCGGCAGCCAAAAUGUUGGGGAUGAAAGCUGACGAGGGAGCACACACGUGACUGUUUACGCUCUCGAUCAGUUAUUGACCACGUUGCAAAGAAGCCAUGUGUGAAUAUACGUUUCUAUAUCGAUGUGUGUGUGUGUGUGAAUUGCAGAGGAAGCAGGGCACGUUCAUGAGGCGGUAAGAGGAAAUCACGUACUUAGGAACUGAGAGAGUGUAGCCCGCUAUGCAUUGACAGACGUCAGUCACUGGACUUCCGUGGGGAAGUAGGAGAAGUCACUCAAACCUAUUCUCUACCAUCCCAGGACACCCAUGAAAUAGAGACUAACCGCGUUCUUGCUGAAAAUAAAUAAAAUAUAUCUUUUCAAGUUAUAAAAGCCACCUAUUUUCUAUUUUGUAUCCAUUUAGUGAAUUCCCAUUUUUCCAAAGUGGAAUUUUCACCUCCAGAACAGCCCAGCUGCUGUAAGCUUCCUGUGGUUAUUUCCACGGUAGCUGCCUCAUUAGACCUGCUUGUGAUUGGAUGGAAUUCAUGACAUGCGGCUUAUGAGUUAGCCUUCUCAUCAACUGCUUCUGUAAUGCAUUCAUUCGAAGGGAAAAGCAAAUGCUAACGUGUCAGAACGUGCAACGUAUUCGUCCAUCCUAUUGAAAAUACUUGUGGUCGAUUGAGCAGUGCCGAUUAAAAACAAAAGUGAAAAGUUAAGCAGGUAAAUAGUAACAAUGUUCAUGUUUAAUUCAACGUAUGAUGAAGAGUAUUUUUUUUAAAGUCAUCCGGUGGAGGUAGCCACCAAACGUCGAGCAUAUUUUGUAACAAUGAGGCAUAAGGCCCAGCAGGGGUCGUGGGAUUCCAAAGCCAUUGAUGGGGCCGUGUCAGUGUCAAAAAGUGGACUAUUGAGGCCCAGUAGCUUCAGGAAGUGGCAUCAAGAGUGCAUAGGUCCUUUCCCUGGUUCUGUCGCAACCUUCGCCACAGAAUAAGGUCACGCAUCAGUCGAUGUACCGCGCACCUCAACUUGCACGGAAACUCGACCGUUUCUUUUCUCUCGCUCUCUCCCGAGUUCCUCGCCUCCACGCGUCACCCUCCGUGCGUUCACACCUCCCUAGGCCAUCCUGAAAGCCAUCGCUCAUCGUUUCGCAGCAUUUCCUUGCUUGACUCUUACAAACUUCUAAACCCAUCGUCCCUUUGAGUUUUUCCGCAUCGCCCCGUAAUCUUGACGACCCCUGGCUAUAAACUUGAUAUAAAUUACAAAUGGUUUAAAGUGAAUGUUAUUUCAAUCUGGAUUUCGAAUAGCCAAGUGAAUUGAACUUUCCUUUUUUCUAAAUAAUCCUAAGAAGACACAAACACACACUUAGCACGUGAAUAUACAUUAAUAUACCUCAAUAUAAUAAGGAUGUGGCGUUUGCAUGCAGAGUAGUACAAGACUCACAGUUGUAAUGAUCCUUCGCUCUUGAUUAAAGGAAGGGAAUAACCCAAAUAACAAGCAACGUGGAUCCCAACUGUUCCAUCUCUACAGGAUAGAGCGUUGCACCCUCGCACGCAUGGGUUUUCUCGCGAGCGCUACAAUUUCCUCUCACAUGUAAGCGCUCAUUAAUUGGCCGACAAGGCCCUCAUACGUAGAGGACCGCAGAGCUUGGGCAAUCAUUGGCGAUCGACUCACCUUCCCGCUUGCUUGUGGUUCACGUGGCUCCUCGCGCGGCACGGUAUUCGCUCGCUCGUGAAUACCGGGCGGUCGAAAGAUGUGCUCUAAAACCGGCGAUAAUCGCGCUCCUUCAUGGGUCGGUGAGGUUGCAGGAGCAAGCUCCGCACACGUGCUGCCGAAUUUCGUCAGCGACUAACUGGGCAGACCAUUGAACAUUUAAGCCAAGUUAUCGGCAGGCCGGUUCAGUUCAAAUACCCAUCGAGGCCUAUCUUGUUUGUGCGCGUGGUGCUGCAGCCACACCACUCGCACACAAAGACAAAGAUCUCCGCCCCAUAGCCUGAACAGACUGUUGGGGCACGUGUUGUCUCCCCCAGCGACAAUAAUUACGAAUCUUACGAGGUACUCAUUUGAGGCCGAGUCGACCUAGGGGAAGUGCAGGACUGGUUCAGAUAAUCGUCAUCAAAGUUGGUUUGCGAGCGGGGAUUGAACUCGGGUGACCGGGUUCUUACGGCAACGUGCUCACCGCUCCACUGCCGCUCCCCAUGACACCGCUCACACACCCGUCCGUAGACAUGACUCUCAUGCAAGAUCAGCGUCGUUUUAGGAAGAAUAAAACAAUAACCGUGGCCACAGCCAAUGACGGACAUCGCGUCCUCGCGCCGAGCAGUCCUCGCCACCGGUCGAGUCAUAAUCUAAGCCACCUCGCAGUGCACAGAGCUGGGCGUAGCCGUGGCGAGAUGUUAACUACCUCGCCUGGUAUACAGGAGGUCGGUGGGUUCGAUACCGACUCUGACGCCUGAUGAAUAUUUUGAGUUUGCAGUGUCUCUCUCUCUCUCCCCGUGGUCGCGUGGCUUUCUCUCCGGGUCCUCCGGGUUUUCCUUCCACAUUUAGAAUCAACGUCACGUGUCCAGAGUGUGUGUGUCUGCUGUCAACUUACACAUGAUGAUGAUGAGCGGCCACCCCGUUGAGCUAUCAUUUGUGAUAGCCAGGUCGCUUCUUAAAAAAAGAGCGACAUAAAAUAAAAAUAAAGAGUUUAGUUGUUGAGUUUUCAGCCUACAAGGGGUAGAGAUGGAAACAUUGGUGGUGGUGGCGAACUGGCUGAGGGAUUGGGAGAACCGAGAUGGCACCGCUGACAUCCGAGGGUUCGAAUCGGAGUGCAAGCCGCCCUGCGAUUCAUCUGCCUCUUUCAACUUUGGCGAGUCAAUGGUGUCAGCCCAGUGAACGGGGGUUGAAGAAAAAUAUCAUCAUGUUAAAUUUAGUUUUUAGAAUGCAUUUGGAAAAAUGGCAGCUCUUACAAUUAAACAUAUUUGGUUUUUACUCACCAUUCGGCUAACAUUUCUGUGUGGCGGGGCUUGGAGGAAAGUGUGUAAAUAAAAAAAAGUCACUUUUAGGGAUCUCAUAAGUAGUUUUGCGAUAUCUAUUUCUGCGGGUCGUUCUCUAUAUCGCAGGGUGGUGCAUUGCUCUGUGAGAGUUCUGAAUGGACACCCUCUGGCAUGAAGCUGACAGCACCGUUGGAUUACAUUUAAAAUCAACAGCCCCAAUGCAAACCUCGACCAUGGCGGAGACAAUCAGGAUGGGAAUUUGAGAAGCCAUGACUUAUGCGAUUAUCCUGUGAUAUACAUAUAUACACACACACAACAUAUGUUGAUUGUUACAUUAUAAUAGUAUUUCUGUAGUCAUAGUGCAUUCAUUAUCGCAUAUUUUCUUUAUAGAUACGACCGAUACCUAUUAUCAUCAUCAUCACCAGAGGUAUUAUUCUUCACUACUGAUUUUCUGCUUCGCUUCCCGUAGGUGUGAGGCUGCCAUAGAACUCAGAGACGUUGAGUUGUGCUAAGAGGGGGGGGGGGGGGGGGGCAGGGCGUAGGGGCCGGUGUAAGGUUUUGACGGUGCUCUUUGUGUCAGCGUUACAUCAGGGAGAGGAUUACGAAGCCACUUUAAAAAAUAAAACACGUCUUGGCACCGCCGAGAUGUCUGCGAUGCGUUUGCGUCGCAGACGCGCGGAGGAGAUCACGUGGGAACAGAGCGAGGGCGACGUCCCGCGCGCUCGUGCGUUGCGUGCGUGCCAAGUCGCGAACACGCACGGAGCCGCGCACGCUCACACGGAAGGGUUUUUUUUUGUUGCGCCACGUGGCGUCGUGGAAAAUAUUCACGGCACACGACGCCCAAACCUCCACCAAGGUAGAGAGAGAGGGCUGCCCCAUUCUUGUUGUCCCAUAAUGCUUUGCAUGCGGGUUGUGCCCUGGGCUGUUUGGCACGAUGUCCGACGUUUUUCUCCACGUGCUGCUGCUGCUGGGGGUUUCUUAGGAUCGGUCCUCCACAAAGAGGGACUUUGGUCUGUAAUUUCUUUGGUAUUCUGUUCCCGGAGAAGCUCCCAGAACUUGGAGCGAAACGUCGAACGUCGAGUGGAACACCACGCGGUGCGAUCCGAGAACGCAUCGGAGGGCUGCAAAGCACGACCGCACAAACUGCGCUGCGGUGUUCAACAAAUACAGAGAAGUGUACUCACGUUUAAUGUCAUAUUUUUUUUAAAGGUAUGUUUGCGAUGUUUUUUGUCAUACAUGAUUAUGCCGGCUCAAACACUUGUCCACCUUUAAGCGUGAGUGACGAUCAACCUCGUAUUUUAUGUUACACGUUUUAGCAUUGGAGACACGCUUGCAAAUGAGAUGUUCUAUCUCGAGGAGUUAUCCAGGUGAAAUUUUUAAUAAACAAUUUCUUUUUCUUUUAAUCAUUAGUACGUUUGAGCCUCAGGAAGCCAGGUAUUUGUGGCAGCGAUAACCUCAAGCAGCAGGCAUCUUUAACAUCCGAGGUAGAAUUUAGGAGCGUCUUUAAUAUGAUCCUGAUACCGGAUAGGAACAAAAAAAACAAAUUUAUCUGCCCAUUAAGUGGGCCUCCCAAGUAAAACUCAACACCCGUGAGUCACUGUGAACCAGGGCAGUACGUACAUGCAGAGGCCAGUGCCUCUGCCAAAACGUAGUUCCACAACGUGCAGCCCCACGGGCAGAACAAACUCUGAUGGGGGCUCUCCAAUAGUUUUUCAGCAUUUUACGCGAGCUAUCUUUGUGCCUUCACUUUAUUCCUUUGACCACCACCAAUAAUUUCAACAACUCAUCCCUCAUCCACCCUCAUCGUGUUUACAACUAUUUCCCUCCUUCGGUAACCACCACCGCUCUCUCGUGCGCUUCCUGCACUCCGUCUUCUUCUGCUUCAUAUGGCUGGGGGAAGGAGCUGUCGUUCGAUGUCGAGGUUAGCGAUCCAUUCAACGGCUUCAGGCGAGGCAUAGUGAGUGGCCGCAAUGUCACUGGGGAACGGAUCUCUCAGGGCCAGGAGUUCGGUACGUGGGCGAGCGCCUUGACUUGGGGGUGGCCACAGUCACAAGUUGGUUCUGCUCCUCACGUUCCACUUGUUGGAGCACGUGGCCACAUCUUGCCCGGGCCAGCGUCCACGAGCGGUCGAGGGUUGUCCAAGUUGUCCGUGGAAGGUUGAACCCUGGGAGUUCACUGCUCGGGUCAGUUGCCGGGUUGCAUUUGGUGAUGUUUGCGGUCAACCGGGAGUUGAGCCAUCGAGCCGUAGGGCUGCCACCAGUUUGUAGGGCUUUGGAGUGUAUUCCAGCAAAGGGCUGGGAUACAUUGUCCCUUGUCGAACCUUCAUUCUGCUCCUUCUCAUCCAGCACCUUCACGGAGGCCGCUGUUGUCCACUAAUUUUCUGCGGCAGCAACAACAAUAGUCCUCCGCAGGCGCCAUGCUCGUUUUCCACUGCAGAAGACGACCCGUGCCGCUGACGUCACACGGAGUGAACGAGUUCGAGACCCCGCCACCCCAGGCGCCGCUUGUCACGUGAGGCCAGCGUAUCACGGCUUGGCUCCAGGCCUCGUGUUCGGCACACAGCCAAUGGGUAACUAAAGGCACCGCGAGGGGCCUGACUCGGCUUGGACGCGCCAGUGGAAAAGGCACAAACUUGGCUCGGUUCUAGCUCCGGCCCACUUUUUAAUGGUCGUGCAAACUGCGAGGAGUCGAAAGCGCGAGUGUAAGUUGCCCGUCGGCCACUCGGGAAGGCCCAAGGCAGCGGCACAGUUGCGUGCCACUUUCCGCUCGGUGCCACAGUCGCGUCCAACUCCUAGCGUGUCGCAGCAGGGCCUCGUGCACGACGAAGCGUGCCGGUGACGUUGUCAGCGAGAGAAGUUGACGUGUGAAACAUAUGCAGGUCAAUGCCAAAAAAAUAUAUCGUGCGGUAAAGUAUUUUUACAAAUUGUGAAGUACGGCAGUGGGUUACGUUCGCCAUUUAUACGUCAAGGGAUUUUUGUUAUUUUUAUUUGAGAAUAAAAAACAAUUUUCAGGAAAAGUUCUUCUUUGCAGAGUACAGGUUUCACAGCUGUGACCGUGGAUCGUUUGUCAAACAAUAAUCAUCUUAAUGAAAUUAUAUUUUUUGAUUAAAACAAUUAUAGGAAAGACAAUUUGCGUACUUUUGCAUUUCGUCCGACAGUAUUUAUAAUUUACAAUGUAACCUAAAUGCGUCAGUAUUCAAGAACUGCAAAGUGACAACUGUAUUGAUUUUGAGGAUGGAUCUGCUACCUGUUACUGAUUAUAAGUGUAACGCGAUGACAUGAUACUAUUAACGUCGCCGUGGAAUAAACACGCCCACAUAUUGUUCA